AAUAAACUUCAUCAUUACAUUGCAAACAUACAAAAAACUUCCAAACAAACGCACAACAAGCUAAAAUGAGUUUUAUACACAAACUCUUUAGCUAUUUUUCUGGUUCGAAAAGCCAGGAGAAUCGCGUUCGGCUCUCACCAAGUACACUUCAGCACGAGAGGGAUCGGUUCUUACGUCAAAUUGCUUCGCCGCGGCCAUUGCAAAAUUUACGCAAUGAUUUACGUCUGACUGCCCUGGAGAAGGCCGGAAGAGAUCGUCUAACCCUGAAGCAGUCUUCGGCGCUGAUAAAAAAAGCUAAUUAUUUGUGGAAAAAUAUGUCGGAAGACGGAAAGUUCAAGUAUUACGAACUGGCUAGAAACUCUGAAGCAACACACAUACCUGCGCUGACACUGCAAAAACUCGCUCGCCAAAAUCUUCCCGCGGCACAACCGAGAAGAUCCCGCCGUGUACAAACCAUGGCAGAGAAAAGACUUACGACUGUGGCGCCCCGCAUGACUAGUAACAAUUAUGACCAGGCUGCCGAAAUAAUUCCGAAUGAUCAGCAAUCACCCGCCACGAUUAGUAGCAUUGUUGGGGACCAAGUCAUUAGACAACAAGCGGAUAAGCGCAAGCAUGGCGAUGGGUUAGACUCCGAGUCUGAAACUUUGACAACUCGGACCUCACUGAACGGUGCCCUAAUCAAAACGAUUGAAUCACUAGCUCCCGACCAAAAACGUUCUCGAAGAGAUUAAAUGGGCUGUAAUUUUGUAACAGAGAUCAGCAAAAGCGACCAAGGACCAACCACAAAUCAAACAGAAAAAUUUGUAAAUUCAAUAGUCAAAUAUUUUUGGCCCAUAUUAUUUCUAGAUGCAUACAAUAGUCAUGAACCCAUUAGUCAAAACUAUAUCCCAUAUCCAAGCCCAUAAUAAACCAAAUUAAAAA